GUCCGCUAAUGUUUGUAGGGUGUACUUUUUCCUUUUUUUCUUUCCUUUUGAUGCCAGGCAGGCCAUUUAAUUCAGUAAUGAACCGAAGAAAGCGGCUUUAAACGGAGCAGUUCAAGGGGGCGGGGCAUAGUGUUGUCAACUCUCUUAAAAAAAAAAAAAAAAGGGUAGUGCAAGGAAUGUCUUGCCGUUUGGUCCCGUCCAGCGUCUCCUCGCAAAGUGAAAGCUUUAAAUGAUCCUGCUAUCGCUUUAAAUGAUCAUUGUGCUGUAGUUCUGAUAAGAGGCUGUGCACCAAGAACAGGAAUUAGCACUAAACCACACACCGAAAACAUGGGCACUACGGCAACCUUCGAGGUCCUAUGUGCAUAGUUCUCAACUUGAUGAAUCGCAGUUAACAUAAUCGUUCCACGGGAACUUGAAUAUUUUGUGUCUUUUUAUAUUUUCCCAAUUAUUUAGGGUUGUAAAACGGCGUGAAACGUGCGAAUUACGAUUACGAUGCCAGGGGCGCACAUUACACCUGUCAUCUAAGAUGCGCCUGUUAAUUUCUGCAGGAUUUUUUUGUCUGUUAAGUAAUAUGGAAAAAGGUCUUUUCGUCUACAUUUUUAAAUGCAUGUGGCAGUCGGCAUGUAUGUUAACACAUAUUUAAACACAGGGCGUUAAGAUAUAUAAGCAUAUCUUUAUGCUUCAUUAUCAAAAGAAAACUUUCAUCUGUCCUGUGAGUAAAGAUUUUCCACGCGCCGAAUUAAAAUUGACCUGGCCUAAUUUUACUUUUUUCUUUUUUCUGCCGAAUAUAAAACACUUAAGAUGUCCCAUUUCUUCCCUCAUUGUGCAUUUCUAUAAGUAAAACGCUGAAGACAACUAUACAUGGUUUCUUCACGGGAAGCUAGCCAAUACUGGGACAGCUGGUGUUCGAGGGCAAGCCUAGGUUCAGUGAAUGACCUAAUGGAAUGCAAGAUCUGUUCAUUAAUACACCAUCUCGGGAUGCUGUACAAAACGCAUGAGAAGUCAAUCCAAAAGAACAAGAUAAAGUACUACACAGGUAACCUUGCACUUCAUAAACAAUGAAGCGCACUCGACUUCCGAGCAGUAGUGAUGACUCUGACAAUGGCAGCCAUUCUACCUCCUGCUCCCAGAAUUCCAGAUUGCAUCAAAGGAGGAAUUCAUGGUCCAGACAUGAAGAUAAAAAACCUUCAGAGGUUUUCAGAACUGAUCUAAUCACAGCCAUGAAGCUUCAUGAUUCCCACCAGCUAAACCCAGAGGAUUACUAUAUACUAGCAGACUCUUGGAGACAGGAAUGGGAAAAAGGUGUCCAAGUUCCAGUCAGCCCUGAAUCAGUCCCUAUGCCUGGGGUCCGAACUCUAGCCGAAAAGGAGAAAGCAGUCAUGUUUACCAGGCCAAGAAAAUACAUACGCUCACCAGGUUCUGAGCCUCCUGAAUUAGGUUAUGUUGAUAUCCGGACUUUAGCAGACAGCAUGUGCCGCUAUGAUCUCAAUGAAAUGGAUGCUGCAUGGCUAGAGUUGAUCAAUGAAGAGUUUGAAGAUAUGGGUAUGCCAAAAAUAGAUGAACUUACCAUGGAGAGAGUGAUGGAAGAAUUUGAGAGGUGUUGUUAUGACAACAUGAAUCAUGCUAUUGAGACUCAAGAAGGGCUUGGUAUUGAAUAUGAUGAAGAUGUCGUUUGUGAUGUUUGCCAGUCUCCAGAUGGGGAAGAUGGAAAUGAAAUGGUUUUCUGUGAUAAAUGUAACAUUUGUGUUCAUCAGGCUUGCUAUGGUAUACUGAAAGUGCCUGAAGGCAGCUGGCUUUGCCGGACCUGUGCCCUUGGUGUUUUACCAAAAUGUUUACUCUGUCCUAAAAAAGGUGGUGCCAUGAAGCCAACUCCCAGUGGUACAAAAUGGGUUCAUGUAAGCUGUGCUUUGUGGAUACCAGAGGUGAGCAUUGGCAGUCCAGAAAAAAUGGAGCCUAUCACAAAGGUGUCCCAUAUACCCAGCAGCAGGUGGGCUUUAAUAUGCAGACUUUGUAAAGAAAAGACUGGAGCUUGUAUUCAGUGCUCUGCUAAAAACUGUAGAAUUGCAUUCCACGUCACUUGUGCAUUCCAGCAUGGCCUGAACAUGAAGACUAUCCUGGCUGAAAAUGAUGAAGUGAAAUUUAAAUCUUUCUGCCAGAAACACAGCAGUAACAAAAAGCAUACGGUGGAUCCAGAGACUGGGCAAAACAGGGAUGAAGAAGAGGAGGAGGAAGAGGAGGAGGAGGAGGAGGAAGUGGAUGAAACAGAUGGAAAUGAAGCCCCAGUGCCAGUCCAGAGCCAAGAGGAUGCGCAAAUGUUGAGCCUGAGGAAACAAAAACUGCAGCAGCUUGAGGAUGACUUCUUUAGUUUUGUAAACAUUUUUGAAGUUGCACGUGAUCUUCACAUUUCUCCAGAGCUUGUAGAUUUCAUUUAUAAUUACUGGAAGCUAAAGAGAAAGACAAAUUUCAACAAGCCACUGAUCACUCCCAAAAAAGAUGAAGAGGACAAUCUUGCUAAGCAGGAACAAGAUGUACUCUUCAGGAGGUUACAGCUCUUUACUCACUUACGGCAAGACUUGGAAAGGGUGCGAAACCUUACAUACAUGGUUACAAGAAGGGAGAAAAUGAAGAGAUCCAUCUGUAAGGUACAAGAGCAGAUAUUCCAUCAUCAUAUCAAGCUUCUGGAAGAGGAGAUAGUUUCAGGAAAAGUAUUGGUUGGUGUGGAAGAUCCAUUGUUCUCUGGUUGCAGGGCGCUACCAUUGGAAGCCUUCAAACACUGUUCUGACCGGCCUUCUAGAAACCCAUCAGAGAAGCCCUGCUCAAGAAAAGGAACUCAAAAGAAUGACAGAAUAAAGGGUUCUGGUGACAAUAGGAAAAAAGUGGUGCUGAAAGAGCAAAGCAUAAUUUCCUCCAAUAGUGGUGGUAGACAUGAUAGCAGCAAGAAGGAGCUAGAAACAACUCAGGGCAAUUUACAAAAGGAGGACAGGGCCAGGGUGGCAGUAAAACCUUUGCAACUUAGAGAGAAAAAGAGUGACCCAUUAAUAGUUGAGCACAAAAAAAAGGAUGUUUUAAUCCAGGGUGAAGACCUGAAGCAUGAGCAUCAAGACAGAUCUUUGUGUAAGCCCAACCAUAAGUCAGCCAGGUACAUGGAAGAGGCUACCCUUAAACAGUCUGAAAAUAAAAGAGCACAACUGCCUGCAAGUGGAAAAGUACUGUCACGUAGAAUUUCAGGAGAAACUGUGCCUAAAUGUAAUGGAACUCUGAAAAAAGUGAACUGCAACCAGUCAUUUAUUCCAGUGCCUACGACGCCAGCCAGCCCUAUGAAGAAUUGGGGAGGGUUCAGAAUCCCAAAGAAAGGAGAACGGCUUCUUCCGAGUGAGGGACAGGAUACCUGCCAAAAGAAACCACUCUGUGAUCACUUGAGUGUUGACAGGGCACCUCUUAAAGAGAGCACCAGGGCUCACAUAAAGACAGAGACCGAGAAUGAUGGCUAUAUUCCUGAUGCUGAAAUGAGUGACUCUGAGAUGGAAACAAAAGAGAAAAAAUGUCGUCCACAGCGGCUCAGCGCAGGAGCCUCCCUUAACAGGAGAUAUGGAGCGGAUUUUCUCAGGAGAAGUAUCCUGGCCUCUUGAGCAGUAAUGACAGGGAAGGAGGCUUAACUGAAGAGUGGGCAAAAAUGGCCACGUAUACCACUAUCUAACUUUUAAAUGCCCCCCACCUAAAAAAAAAAACAGUGAAGUGUGAACUUCAAUGAGUGCGGCAUCACACGUAUUGUUUUAACAAUUUAGUUGACUCCUCACAUUAUUUCAAAAUCCAAUUCAGCAUAUUUGUUUCUUUUAUGGACUCAAACUGCAUCAGUGGUGGGGGGAGGGUGAAACGACUUAAGACAAGUUGUUUUAAGACUGGACUUGCCAGCACAGUCUUUGUUUUGUAUAUACACUACAUUAUUCUACUGUGCUUUAAUCAAUAGGAUGGUGGUACUACAGGCCAUUUUCAGUGAGACCUUUAAGUGCUUUCUUUAAAUUGAAAGAGUCAAAGCACAAUUCUAAUUAUAAUGGCACUGAAUAGUAUGGUACAAUAAUACCAUACUGCACUGCUGUACCCAGUUACCUUGAAAUUGCCAUGUGGGUAGCUUGUGAGUCUGCUUAUUAUUGGCAUUUCAUAUCCACUAAUUGUAGAGACAUUUCAAAGUUAGGGUUUGCAAGUGAGCCCCUUUGGCGUUGUCUUCGCCUGGUUGCAUACCGCUUAGCAUAUAGAAUUCAUAAAGAAAAGAAAGUGGACUGGGGGAUAUUCCUCUUGAGCCAUCUUCUCUUCAUUGUACUCCCUUGAGCUGGGUCCAUAUAGAAGGACAUAUGGUGUUACAUGGGCCAGUAAGAUAACAUUGAUUUUUAGGGGAAAGCAGGGGUGGGGUGAGGGAGGAACUUACUUAAGGUUUUGCUUUUCAUGUACAGUGCACACGUGUGUAAUAUGAGCUCUUGCCAAAUAAAAAGGGGCAUUAAUCCAAAAACGCAUGGAGAAUUGGCCCCUUUUUGGAAUAUACACUGGUGUAUUAAUGCAAAGAAGCAAUAAUGUCAAAUUAUAUAAAUUUUUUAGCAGUAGCAAUAAAAGGUGAUCCAUGAAGAUAAUGAAUGAUGCAUCA